ACACCACACACACACACACACACACACACACACACACACACACACACACACACACACACACACACACACACACUUAGACAGGUGGGUGCGUUAUUCGUUAUAAAGUUCUGCAAAUUGUCCUAACAGUCCUAGCGUAAGUGCACGGUUGUUCAAGUGCGAGUGCUAGCACACAUUUUCUACGCCUACUCUUUUUAUCUACGCUUUUCUACUGUGGUUGCCUUAUAAAGAGAUAUGUCAGUAUGUCGUCGUCGCCGUCGUCUGUCGUUUGUAGUAAGCGUGUGCAUGUUUGGAAACGGAAAAGGGAAGAUCGCUAGGUAAAGAGUACCCGUGUGUUUGUUUUAAUUUCUGGUUUUGCCAUUCCUUUAAUGAUUUCACCUUUAGCAACAGACACGUACACACACACACAUACAUCCCAUCCUAGGUAUUUGUUGUUACCACCACCCACCCCCCGCGGAUGUUGCGUUCUUUGGGCGACCGCGCGCGCUCAAUACGUUUUGCAGUUGCACCACACGCCGUGGGCAAAUGAUUCUAGCGCACUAUAUAUUUACAAGGAAGUAUUUAGCGUAUAAACCUAGGCUACCAGUAAGAUAACACUCCCAUAUACACACAUACACAUACACAACACGCAAGAGCUUUAUCGUAGUUGUUUUGUGGCGAGGAAUAGUGUAAUGCACGAACAAAAAAGGCCGGAAUAAACGUAAAGAUAAUACUGGGGGGAUCGAUGAUUUCAAAAAUGAGGUCGAAAGUCAAAUUGGGGUAAGAUUUGCGUAAGUUUUAACUGUGACAUUGAAUUUAGAAGGGUGCGGGCAGGGAGUGGGUGUGCGUUAAAAAAUAUGAUGUAUGAAACAAGUGGAUAAAAAACCCCGUUGUGUUGUGUGCGAUAGCAAAUGUCUGACAUUAGUUAUGCUAAUAAGUAAGAUGUAUAAUUUAUGGGGACAUGUCCAACAACCGCAGCGCAUAGCAAAACGAGAACUAAACCUAAAGCGGUGCAAACGUAACUAAACAACCGAAAAAAAUACACACCAUUUGCGAACAAUAAUACAAUUCUAACGGAAGCACACUUGCGUUAAUUGCAAAGUAAAUUAAGAAUUUUUGAAAUACGGAAGAAAUUUAAGGAAAAAAACGCACCACCACGUGUCCAUUCGUCACCACAUCAAUACAGGAGCCGGAAUGUGUUUUAAGAGAGGAGCAUAAGUUACUACACACACCAAUUAAUGCAUGCAUAUAGUGCCGGGGUGCAAGCGCACGUAACACCACAACGGUGCGUAUUUCCGUGCAGGGAACUGUGAAGGAAGAAAAUAAGGAAAUUGAAAAUAAAAACCACAACCCACACUUACAAACACGCGGACUAAAUACCUUGGCAGGUUACCAAAUUUAGAAGUUAUUAGUUUUUUUUUCUUCUUUUCCUAAAAUUCAUUCAUAACUUCACACAUAUUGAUUGCUGUAGAAGGAAUGCGAUUCGCGCUGUAUGUCUCGAGUUUACGGACACGACACGGCACAAACCGGAUUGUCUUCGUGUCCUGAUGCGAGAGCGCGUGCGAAAUUUCCAACCACCACGUGCUCGGUCGUGCUCGAGAACGAACCUUCCCGCGUGUUCAGUCGCGUACCAACCAUCAUCGUCGAUGGCAAUAGCGCAGAAGUGCAUCUUUGUCGUCUUCGUCGUUGGCCUGUGUGUCCGUUACCGUUACCAGAAGCUGUGCCGUUGAAGCCACUCGCAACGGCGAGUCCGCGUGUUUGACCAAUGUUGGCGGCUUUUAAGUGCGUGAGCUAAACAUAACCCAUGUUUUGUGUGCUCUAGCCUACGCCUGCUUAGUGAUACUGUGUUAGAAAAAGGAAAGAAUUGUCCGAAAAUGCGUAUUCACACGGUGCAGCAGCGCCGUGCACCGUCCACCAUUUCGCUGGAUGAUUCGCUCGAUCCGUCCAUGAUGGAUACGAGCGUUCCGGCAGUGUUUCCACCGGCCGUCCAUCGCUUUCCCUUCAAUGGAUUAGCAGCGGCUGCCGAGAUGGAGUACGAGCAGGAGCGAUCGCACCAUGGAACGUACAGUGGUGCCACCGUCCGUCCGUUGCCGACCGUUUCGGAACGCGUCGGCAGCUAUGGCCGACGGUCGAACAAUUACGACGACAACGGUAUCGAGGUGCAGCUGGCGAACGGUGAUCUAGCGUUGAUCGGAAAUCGCCUCUGCCGGGAAGACUCGGGCAUCAGCAUCAACGAGCCGCACCGGGGUCGGUUUGAGCGGCUGAAGAAAAUUUGCUCCUUCGCUACGCUGUCCAGCGGUGGCGGAUCUGACUCGGAACGAUCGAACGGAAUGAGUAGAAGCCAGCACUGGAUGCUAAUGAUAACGCCCGUCGUCUCCAGCUUUUCUUUAGCUCUCGUAAUUGCGGCAGUAGUCGGACCACAGUGGUUACUAACCGAGGAGAAGAUCCCGGUCACAACGUACCACAACAAUACGCACGGCCAGAGCACACUGACACCGACCACGAGCAUCAACGGCGUGCACAACCAGCAGCAACUGAACAUACAGCAUCCGCACCUGAUACCGGCCACGAAAGACGAUCUCAGCGGUGCGUUUCUGACCAAGUACACCAAAUCAUCACUGUGGAUGCUCUGCAGCAAGUACAGUGGUGGUACCGCCCCGGGACAAUCGCAGCAUCAAAUGGGAGGCGAUGAAUUCCAAUGCUCGAGCAUUGACUACUUCCCGACCGAGGGAUACAGCCCGGAUCCGAACGAUUCGACGAAUGCCAUUCCGUAUACCGUAACGCAUUCGUCACCGUUCUUUCUCGCCUCGAACGGGGUCCUCAUCGUCAGCUACGGCCUGUUCCUGGUGGCCAUGUGCUCGACGAAGCACAAAAUCUGCUACUUCGUCUCCGGGGUGCUAUUUAUAAUAUCCGGGUUGCUGAUGCUGAUUGGCCUGAUAAUGUACAUCUCGAUACUGAAGGCAGAAAUAGGUUCCAAGCUGCGGCCAAGGUCGUCCCUGCAGGCGCCCCAGUUUUCGUUCCGCUACGGGCAAAGCUUCCUGCUGUACGUGUUCGGGUUCAUCAUUACCGAGCUGUCGGGCAUCUUGAACGUGCUGAUCUACUCCAAUUUGCAGCAAGACGAGUACGACAGUGCACAUCACGGCGACCAGUCAUCAGCCUACCCCACCUACCAGAACCUGUCCGGUGGUAUACAGUACAAUCUGCACUACCGCCGGGAGUGGGCCCAUCCAGGCGAAGAGCCUGGAAAAGAUCACCAAAAUGGUCCACCUAUCGUUGACUACCGAUACCCUUACGAUGGGCUCGAUGAGUGUGAGACAUCGCCGCGAUAUUACUUCGAGCAGGAACAGCAACAGCAGCAGUCACAACGGCAGCAGCAACGCGAACAACAGGUGGACGACAAUGAGGUGGAAUGUAAUCUGCAUAGACGUGCAUAUGGAAGAAUGACGCACGAAGGGUUGUCCAAGAGUCUUACGGAUCUGCUCUACAUGGAGCCGGCCCAGGUAAAACCUGAUCGGAGUGUUACCUGGUCACGGGUACGAGCCAACGGCGAUGGCGAACGUACAGACCAGGGCGUUGAUGCUCGCACACCGGAUAGCAACAUGGAGUACACCCAUUACUGGUCGUCAACCGGUAAGCUCACGCGCAGUGUUUCAACCUACACAGAUCUAGUCCCGCUCGGUGAGCAGGAAGGUUCAGUGCGAAAUCGACGAACCUGUUCCCGAUCACCAUCGCGUAGCGACGAUGAGAUGACGGGGAAAGUGAGCAACAUAUGCGGUCUGUCCCGUCACUAUCUGUCCCGGGAGCUUUCAAAAGAGAAGCUUUUCAAUGAAUUCUGCAAAAAGGUGGGACCGCGGCCAAAACCAAAGAACAUCUACUACAUCGAAAGUGGCGAUGGCCGCAACGGUGACGACAGCUACCGGAGCGUGUACGUGGUGGAUCCGUCCUCCUCAUCGCUCCAUUCGCCUGGCCCGGCUGCACGCAACCGUUCCUCUUCACAGCGAAGACGCAACUCGACGGCAGACGCAAGACGCCGACUAGCAACACAGGAUCAGCUUCCGCCCAGCAGCACAUCUAACUAUCGGCAGCGCAUACAUUCGGACAACUCGUUGGAUGAUAUGAUGCAUGAUACCGACGGCCGGUAUGGGCGUCGGCGGGAUCCGAUCGGACGUGCACGUUCGGUCGACUACAGACAAACGCUACCACGCAACUUUCAGCAACGUCAUCUAGCCGCAAGCGAACCGGAAGACGAGACGGGCGGAUUCGGUGAGCGGAUAGCGCUGGAGCGGAAGCGAAUUUCCGCCAGCGGACUUUUGCUGGAACCAGCAAGGGCUAACGUUUCACACGAAGAUCUGACCUCGGAUAGUAGAUGGCACAAAGGUGGCGUAAGACACUCGUUACAACACCCUGCCGCUGUAGAAAUCAACCGAACAUCAACCACUGCUUAUUGUCCCAAAUAUUUGGAUCCUCCUCCUCCACCCACCUACACUUCCGCCCUGUCCGCUGGUGGGCAACAUCAGCGGGAGGAUUUUUCCUCUGCCUCUCAUAUGUACCGGAGUUACGGUGAUCUAACCACCCAGCAACAGCAUCAUCAGUUGCGCCGUCCAACCAUCCUUUCGCCCCAGAUAUUCGUACCCAUCAGUCAACCGGCAACACCGCCACCAAUACGUCCUAGUCUACAGCAAUCCCAGCAGCAGCAACAGUCACAUCGUCAUGUGCACCAUCAGCACCAUCGGCACAAUGGAACGCAACAUCAACAGCAGGUAACGAUUGCAGGCAGCCGCAAUCAUUCACUGCCAUCGCCCGUUUUCGAUCUGGACCGUAUCGAGCAGGAAAGGCGCAAAUCCCAUUCCCAACUGUUUCUCAACAGCCCAGCGGACAGUUCUUCCGUUGGGCAGUAUGAUUUCGUUAACGGUACGGCCGUUUAGAGAGGUUGUGUUGAUGUUUCACAAAAUUCGUUCAGAAAACACACUAACAUCAUAUCUAUCAUUCACAUUUAGAAGCUAGAGCUAUAGUUUGAAGCUGUUUGUAUACUAGUUAUGUAAUAAAUGGGUGUUAAAGGUU